AUGGAGAAGGGGAUGCAGCCCCAGCUGAUGGCCAAGAGCGCAGAGAGUCCGGCGGAGGAGCUCUCCAAGAUAAGCGACGAGCAGCUGGUGAAGUGGAGCAAAGAGGAGCUCGUGCGGCGGCUACGGAGGGCAGAAGCCGAGAAGAUGGGCGUCAUGCUUGACCACGGAAAUUUGAUCCGGGAGGUGAACCGGCGACUCCAGCAGCACCUGACAGAGAUCCGGGGUUUGAAGGUGAGGCAGGUGUGAUGUUGAUAAUGCCGGGCGCACAAGUUUGCGCACUGCUCUAUGGAUGUCUGAUGGUUUCCUGGUUCAAAAAGCCAUGGUCUAAUUAUUAUUAUCAUUAAUUCGUUAAAAAAGCUGUAGUUUACCGCUGCAAACUCCUUAAAAAUAACAAAGGUAGGGGGUUUGAAGGUAGCAAGGUAGUCUUCAAGUGUUACAUAAUCCAACCCAAUGGACCACGUGUUGCUUGUAUGUUUAUCAUAACAGCUGGAACUGCUGAAGGUAUCUAGCCCUUAUCUGCAGUCAAAUGACCUAGUGUCCUCAUGGGUGGAAUGUUGUUAAUCUUUUUCAUAAUUUCAUAAUAAAAAAUAUUAUAAAAAAUAAAUAAAAUAAAAGGUGUUUCUAUGUCAAAUGGUUUUGUUAUAUUUCAGUCUUCUGUGAUGUAAAUAAAGUAUAAUAUUGGGAUGCAAACUCAAAAUUGAAUACAUUUCAACUCUAUAUCUGACAGGUGUCUGAGGUGUAUACUUUUUAGAUUUGUUUAAGACUACCAAGAAACACUCUGUGUGACCCUGACACUGCUGUAAAAUAUUGAAAUAGAACCACAAAAGUAAAAUUUUUUAGGCCUAUGAUUUUUAAAAUAACGAUAAUAUAAAAAAAAUAAUAUAUAUGUAUAUAUAUUACCAUCAACACACACACACGCUCCCUCAAUGCACAAUUGCGUGCUCAACAUUUGUUAUCACAAUGCACAAUUGCGUGCUCAACAUUAUCACAAUUCCCAUAUGAUAAAUGAUAUAUCACCUCCUCUGUGCUUGCUCCUGUGUGUGUGUGUGUGUGUGUGUGUGUGUGUGUAUCCAGGAUGUGAACCAGAAGCUGCAGGAGGAUAACCAAGAGCUGCGGGACCUGUGCUGUUUCCUUGAUGAUGACCGUCAGAAGGGCAAGCGUGUAUCUCGGGAGUGGCAGCGUCUGGGACGCUACAGCGCCGGCCUCAUGAGGAAAGAGGUGUCCCUUUACCUGCACAAACUCAAGGAGCUGGAGCAGCGCCAGGGAGAGAUGAUCAGAGAGAACCUGGAGCUCAAGGAGCUGUGUAUCCUACUGGACGAGGAGAGGGGAGGAGGAGGGGGAGGGGGAGGAGCAGUGCAUGGUGCAGGGUGCAGAAGUUCCAUCGACAGCCAGAGUAGUCUGUCUCAAACUGGGGGGGCUACAACGUGUCUGCUCCGAGACGUGGGGGAUGGGAGCAGCACCUCCAGCGCAGGGAGCACAGACAGCCCCGACAACCCCCACCACAAGCCCCCUCACCAGGGCUCCAGGCUGGGCUCCAACCCUGGCUCCAAACAUGACAAACCAGAGGGCCCAGGCCCCGAGUCUACAGGCCGUCGCCACAGCUCCACCCCAGACUACCACACCUUCCCCCAGGCCUGCAGGCCCCGCGGGGGGUCCCUCACCAGCCCUGACCCCAGGGGCCUCCGGGGGCCCUGCAGCCCAGAGAAACACGGCAAAUCCCCUACUAGACUGGAGGCCGAGGCUCACUCCAAACCCAGCAGUGCUGACAUGCUGGCCCAGAAACAGCUCUUGGGGGCUGGGCAAGGGCUAGGGCCAAACCAGGGUCCGGGUCAGUCAAGUCCAGACCUCUCACAGAGACACAGGGGUAAUACGGUCGUGGUUGGGACUGGAUGUGGGAGCCCUGAGGCCAAACAGGCAAUGCCGGGGACACCAGAGCACCUGAGGAAGGGUCGGGUGAUAGUGGGGAGUCCUGAAGUGUUACGACACCAGAACCACCACCACAGCCCCAGUUCAGAGCACGGGAAGGGGAGGUACGGCAGCAGCCCCCCAGCAGCUAGGGAGGGGGGACAGAGGAGGACCACUGGAGACGAGUUGUCCCCUCACCACCGCAGCAUCUACAAUGGCAUGAAC